AUGGCUGAUAUCAUAAUACAGUAUAUACGGCAAACUCUGCCCGAAGAGCUAAGCGGCGCUCUUGAAAAGCAUCUCGAAACUCUGGAGAAUGGCGACUACAAAACACUACUCGAAAGCGAGCACGCCAAGGUGCUACUUGGCGACAUUCGAGGACAGGACAACACGAAGGAUAUUCAGAUAUCGGAUUUCCCACUUUGGAGUGACUAUGUGCUAUGCCGCCUCGAGGCCAUUCUAGGAGACAGGAAAUCCCCUCCUGACAGCAUUGAGCAAAGCCCCGCAUAUCAGCAGCAUCUUUACUUCGUCAUUGGACUUGCAGCGUUUGGUGCUUUUCUACAAGGCAAUGUAACUGGUCCUCCACUGGACUUUACCCUACUUUCGAGUGCAGAUGAGAAAGCCAAGUCUGAAGUCGAAAGGACUCGACGGCAGCUUAUAACCUCGCUCUCUGUCGACGGAGAGGCUGCAUACCGCCUGACGCCCAACAUAGAGUUGUUUUGUCUGGCGAAAACAAUUUUGUCAUGCCCACCCAUUGCGCAGAAUGUAAAAAGCUUCCCUUGGGCGCGCUUGAGGCUAGACUUUUGGCACCAAAAGCUACUGUCAGAACCCGCGCCUACCCUGCAGAAAGCUAUAUUCGAGCGACUCGACGAGCUUGAGAAUCAACUAGGCACCUUGCCAGUCAACAGUGUACACGAAUUACGAGUGGCUUUCUUGCUGGAGAAAGCCACCAUCCAUACCCAUCAUGGACUGGACAAGCUGGCUCGCGAAGACCUGGAACUCGCAACUAAGGAACGAGGCUUCGAGUUUGCGCUUACUGGACUGCUCGGAAAGCGGACAAAGUGGCAGCAAAAAGACACGAGCCAGCUUGUGGUGCUCGCAAGAAGUCUACCAAGUGGCAGUUCGACCGAGAUGCCUGCAAAUGGCACAGACGCAACAGCAGCAACAGCAUCGAAGCGGCCAGACAACCUCGAUCUCAACGACGACACCCUUCUGGAAUCCAUCUCGUUUACUAAGAAGCCGACAUCGAUGACUGAUAUUGUCAGUGACGAAUCUCUGCCGAAAGCCCUGAGAGAUUUGGACCCUGAGAAGCAACCCCUACUCGACCCUUUCGACUCCAUCAUCCUACUUGCUCUUGCAUCGUCAAUAACGAACACGUCUCCUGCAGACGGCUUGACGCGAGAAGAGACUCUACCAUACGCCACUCGUGUACUCGAGGGAGGGAGCUCGAAUUGGCAGGUAUAUACACAGGCCUUGCUCGUGCGCAGUCGUGUAGAGGGCUAUAGAUCACGCACCGUCGAGCGAGGACUGCUGCAAUUACAAGUAUUGGUGGAUCAAGUCAUUGCAGAGACCACCACUGGGAAAAGCACGGAUGUCAAAGAGAACACGUCUUCGACUUUUCUUCCGAGGGCUAAAGAGUCCGAGUCUGCUCCUGUCAGUGAGCGAUUGAAGUAUGUCUUCCAACUCUCAUCUCCCUCAAGAUGGGAGCUGGAGGCAGAACUUGCUUCAAGAUGGGUCAGUCUGGGAGGCUUGAGGUCUGCACUCGAGAUAUACGAGCGACUCGAGAUGUGGGCCGAGGCAGCUUUAUGCUGGGCCGCAACAGAGCGCGAAGACAAAGCUAAGAUGGUUGUACGACGACAGCUUUUCCAUGCUACUAGCGGUGACGACGAGAGUGCUGAUCUAGAUACGGAGAAGUGGGAAGGCAAGGCAAGAUCUCCACCACCCUCUGAUGCACCACGAUUAUAUUGCAUCAUUGGUGACAUUGACAAAGACCCUGCCAUGUACCAAACAGCCUGGGAAGUCUCUGGAAGCCGCUAUGCUCGUGCUCAGCGCUCGCUCGGAAAGUACUAUUUCGCAGGCAGAGACUUUACAAAAGCUGCUCAUGCCUAUGCUCAGUCGCUCAAGGUUAACCAGAUCAACCAGUCCGCCUGGUUUGCCAUGGGGUGCGCUCUUCUCGAACUACAGGAAUACGUAAGAGCUGCAGAGGCCUUUUCUCGUACUGUUCAAAUCGACGACACUGACGCAGAGGCAUGGAGUAAUCUUGCUGCUGCCUUGAUCCACGUCGAGCCCGACGUCACUGCCGAUGGCGAAGAUGCUGCCAACCAUUCUGCACAAGCUGCAUUGUCCGAUCCUCAGAAGCAUCGCCGUGACGCACUCAAAGCAUUCAAACGAGCCUCCACCCUCAAGUUCGAAAGCCACAAGAUCUGGGCGAACGUGCUUAUCGUAGCUACGUCACUUGUCCCGCCCUCAUACAACGACAUGGUCACAGCACAGGGCCGAAUCAUCGAGAUACGCGGCAAGUCAGUUGGCGAGCAAUGUGUGGAUGCGCCCAUCCUUGAAAUGCUCGUCAGACACGUCGUUGCGCUAGAUCAAGAGGAAGGAGGACUGGGCUAUGACCCAAACAAACCGGGCCUCGCGAGGAUGGUAGUCAGACUCGUGGACGAGAAAGUCAUCCCGUUGAUCACGUCGUCGGCACAUCUCUGGAAGAUUGUCUCCAAGCUGGCGCUCUGGCGCAAGCGUCCGACACGAGCACUCGAGGCAGAGGAAAAAGCAUGGCGGUGCGUGACCAGUCAACCUGGCUGGGAGUUUAGCGAAGAGAAACAAUGGGAUGCUGUCGUAGAUGCUACGAUCGAUUUGGUCGAUGCCUAUCAAAGUCUGGGUGAGAUGGAUCGAACUGAAGGCCUGGGCGCUGGAGAUGGAGAGCUCGUCGCAAAAGACUGGAAGUUCAAGGCCCGGAGUGCGAUUAGGGGUAUCAUGGGCAAAGGAAAGGAUACAUGGGAAGGAACAGAUGGCUGGGACCGGCUGAAGGAUUCUCUUGCAGACCUUAAGGGGUGA